CCUGCUGGAUUUCACAGACCAGGACCACUACCAGAGCAGAAUGGAGGAGAACCAGAACUCGGGGCACCACAGCGACGAACAGAGACAAAACAGAAGAAAGGGACUCAAACAUCUCCACUUUAAGCGCUGGGGCAGAGCCUUCAGAACAUCAGGAUAUUUAAAGAUUCAUCAGAGAGCUCACACAGGAAAGAAACUUCACAGCUGUGAUCAGUGUGGGAAAACGUUCACUCUUCUGGGUAAUCUACAAAUCCACCAACGCAUUCACACUGGACACAAACCGUACAGCUGUAACCAAUGUGGGAAAAGGUUCACCCAAGAUGGUCAUCUAAAAAAACACCAAGGUAUUCAUACAGGAGAGAAACCAUACAGUUGUGACCAAUGUGGGAAAGCUUUCAGUACUCUUGGUGGUCUACAAAAGCACCAGCACAUUCACACAGGAGAAAGACUGUACAGGUGUGAGCAAUGUGGGAGAACUUUCACCCAAGACAAUACUCUAAAACGCCACCAACGCAUUCAUACUGGUGAGAAACCAUAUUGGUGUGAUCAAUGUGGGAAAACUUUCACUAAAGAGAGUAACUUAAAAACUCAUCAACGCAUUCACACUGAAGAAAAACCGUAUUGGUGUGAUCAAUGUGGGAAAACGUUUACUCAAGACAGUACUCUAAAACGCCAUAUACGUAUUCACACUGGAGAGAGACCGUACUGGUGUGAGCUGUGUGGUAAAAACUUCACUCAAGAAGGUAAUUUAAAAACCCACCAACUCAUUCAUACUGGAGAGAGACCAUACAGCUGUAACCAAUGUGGUAAAUCUUUCCCUCGAGGCAGUGCCCUGAGGAAACACAAACGCAUUCACACUGGAGAGAAACUAUACUGGUGUGAACAAUGUGGUAAAACUUUCACUCAAGACAGUACUUUAAAAUGCCACCAACGAACACACACUGGAGAAAAACCAUACUGGUGUGAGCAGUGUGGGAAAGCCUUCACUAGAGACAGUGAUCUCAAGAGGCACCAACGUAUUCACACUGGAGAGAAACCGUACUGGUGCGAGCAAUGUGGGAAAACUUUUUCCAGAGACAGUGAUCUAAAAAGGCACCAACGUAUUCACACUGAAGAGAAGCCAUACUGGUGUAAGCAGUGUGGUAGUACUUUCACCCAAGACAGUCAUCUAAAACGUCACCAGCGAAUUCACACUGGAGAGAAACCAUACAGCUGUGAGCAGUGUGGGAAAGCUUUCACUUCAGGGAGUAAUCUAAAACGACACCACCGCAGUCACUCAGCACUGAGUUGA